CCCGCCCCGCCCGAAGUCCUGGGAGCCGCCUGAGAACUGCGGGUUGGCGGGCGCGCGGGCUGCGGGGCGGAGGAGGAGGGCGGGCUCCGUCUGCUGGGCGGGCGGCUGCGCCUCGGGCCCGCCCUCGGUUGCGUUUGCAGCCGCUCUGCGCGCCAAAAUCAAAGCUGCACAGCUGCGAGCCCCGGAGCCCGCUGCCGCCGAGCCCAGCUGCAGGUCCCGGCAGGUCCUCUCCCGCUGAAGGCGCCUCCGAGCCGCUACUCGACGAGGAAUGGCUUCCCCACCGAAGAGGAGCUGUCCGUCUCCUGCGACGAACUCCGAGGGGACCCGCAUCAAGAAAAUCUCCAUCGAAGGGAACAUAGGUAAGGGGCCCCUGGAAAAGGGGAGGCCGGUGCAGGAGUGGGGGGGGGGGGCGGCUUCCCGCCCAGCUCGGCUGUGUUGGGUACUGGCCAUUCAUGCAUAUGGCAAAUGCUUAAAAUUAAUACACAUUCAAAGCACCUUCCUCAAAAAAGACAGUGCCAGUAGAUACCUUAAUAAUGUGCCAAAAAAUAGCCAAGAGCUAAGCACAAUCUCAAAAGAACUGACAACAUCUCAGAAAAGUGGUGGGAAUGUUCUUCAGAUGAUGUAUGAGAAACCUGAACGAUGGUCUUUCACGUUCCAGUCAUAUGCCUGCCUCAGUCGAAUCCGAGCUCAGCUUGCCUCACUCAAUGGCAAACUGAAAGAAGCAGAGAAACCUGUGUUAUUUUUUGAACGAUCUGUGUAUAGUGACAGGUAUAUUUUUGCAUCUAAUUUGUUUGAAACUGAGUGCAUGAAUGAAACUGAAUGGACAAUUUAUCAAGACUGGCAUGAGUGGAUGAAUAACCAGUUUGGCCAAAGCCUUCAACUAGAUGGAAUCAUUUAUCUUCGAGCUACUCCAGAGAAAUGCUUGAAUAGGAUCUAUUUACGGGGAAGAAAUGAAGAACAAGGCAUUCCUCUUGAAUAUUUACAAAGACUUCACUAUAAGCAUGAAAGUUGGCUCCAGCAUAGAACACUGAAAACCAACUUUGAUUAUCUACAGGAAGUGCCUAUAUUAACACUGGAUGUUAAUGAAGAUUUUAAAGAUAAACAUGACAGUAUGGUUGAAAAGGUGAAAGACUUCUUGAGCACUUUGUGAUCUCCCUGAAGACCAUAAGCUACCAGAUGACUCCAGAUCCUUCACCUUUGUCUGUCAUCAUAAUUUCAGAUUUGUUCAGCCCAAGUUUUUAGCCAGUUUGUUCUAAGAUCCUUUUUGAGUUAAGUUUAUUUUCUGUCUUCUCCUCCUUA